AUGGCGUUGGACAGUACAGAUGCGCUGGAUCUCGAAGCAGAUCUGGGAUUGAGUGGUGGUGAGGGCCAGGACAAGCCCGACGAUUCUGCCAACUUCCCUGCAGGCCUCACACCGCUGGCAGAUGAGAAUGAUGGCGAUGUUGCUUCCUGUGCCUCUGAUUCAUGGGACCAUGAACCCGAGUUUGGGCCAGCAAAUGCUGAUGAGUCAGAUGCCUGGGUCCCGCGUUUCUUUGCCCACAUCAGGGAUGCUGGGAAGAUCCGCCAUGUGAGGAAUCAGCUGUCCCAUGGUGUUCUGUUGACGAGUGAAUACUCAG